CCUGUCAUGCCAUGCUGCAUGCACGUUUUUGUACCGCUCGUUUCCAACGUUCAAAAUACCGUUUCAUAGCUUCAUGUUAUCGUGUUAUUCAGCGAAAUCUUCGUUCUUGACCAGGACUGCAGAGCAGUGAACAUGGUGCAGCUACUCUACACCACACUGGGAGAGGUAUUUGUGCAGAUGUAUAGUGAGCCGAGUGUUAUAGACGCAUGUUUCGAGACAUAGUUUCGCCACUUCGCACAUAAACUGUUGCAAUUGAAUUGUGUUGGCCAUGUCUCCUUCGUCAAUGGUUGGUCGCGUGUUUUUGGUUACUGGUGCUUCGGAUGGCAUCGGAAAGUAUACAGCGCUACGCUUGGCCCAGACGGGGGCUACCGUACUGAUGCACGGCCGCAAGACCAACAAACUCCCGCAAGCCGUGAACGAGAUCUCGCGAGAGACAGGUAACAGGUGGCUAGAGGCGUACACGGCCGACCUGUCCUCCUUGAGCCAAGUCCGGGCUCUCUCAGAGGAGAUACACCGCAAGCAUGGUCGCCUGGAUGUACUGGUCAACAACGCCGGUGUGUUCAUGCCAACGAGGACCGAGACCGAGGACGGGUAUGAGAUGACAUUGGCUGUCAACGUCCUCGCUCCGUUCCUGCUGACCUCGCUGCUCAUGGAUCUCCUCCGCUGCGGGAAAUCAAGCCGAAUCGUCCACGUGACCUCCUCUUCGCAUAUGGAGUGCACAGCAGUCAACGUGCGUGAGCUGGCAACAAAAAUCAACUACGGGGACGGCCGACCGGCUUAUGUCCUGUCCAAGAUGUGCGAAGUCCUCUUUACAUACAAGAUGGCAGAGCUGUUCAUGUGUAGAGGAGACCACAACAUCACCGUCAACUGUGUUGACCCUGGGAUGGUGAACACCUCUAUGCUUAUCAAAGCACGAGGCGGUCCGAUUGGAAUGCCUGUUGAGAACUCGGACUUUGUACUCAGGGCAGCCUCCGACCCCGCGCUGGAUGGGGUAACAGGGAAAUAUUUCGAGGACUACAAGGACACUAAAUCUGCGGAUAUUUCUUAUGACAAGAAUCUGCAAGAUAACUUGUGGAAUGUCCUGCUUGUUCUAUCAGGGACGGCCUUCUAAUCCUAUCAGUUUAUAUUAAAACAGUAUUUCCUGUGUCAAGGUCGUCAUGACCUAAACAUUUAGGCCCAUAUUGUUUAGUAGUAUUAUCAGCAUUUUAACUAUGAUGUGGUUACGUAAACGUUCUUUUUAUUGAGGGAAAGAGGAAAUACAGGGUGAGUAAAAAAAAAAAA